AUUGUAGAACAUCGGACGGAUCGAAACCAAAAAAAGAAAAUCUAUCAAUUCUACCUACAGCACAAAACAUUGUAAAUGGAUAUUUUACGAGAUUUUGUUGUUUUUGCUUUACUAUUGUCGUGCAUUGUUGUAAAACAUAGUUAUACAUAUACACAUAUUUGGAAUUCGAAAGUUACAGGCACAGACCAUAAGUGGUACGACAUAUAUUAUGAUGUGAUAACAAGUAAAAAGAUACCAAUAGUUCAACGAUUUGGGGAUCGACAAGAUGAACCAAGUACUGCACGAUUUGGAAGUAUACCAUGUUCAUGCCAAGAUUUGACGUGCGGUUGUUGUGCACAGUUCAACGUACGAUUUUUCGAUUACAAUAAAAAAGGAUGUAUGAAUUUCACAUACGAUCCUUUUGACUUUGCAGUCACAGGCAACAUGUUUAUGGAUGACGAGUCACUGUACGAGUACAGGAUAUCCGCUAAAAAUCCUCCGCCGGCCUGUCUACGAGUUCCUGUGCCGUACUUACCGUCGAUGGACAUGUGCAUGAAAAUGUUCGAUAUUUACACUCCCGGCAGAAACUUGCAUGCGUGCGUCAACUUCCUCACGCGCAUCGAACACGCCGAAGUGCUGGUAUUGGAAUUCGAUUGUUUCGUGAUUGGUCGUGACGGCGUAAAUCUAGAAAAGUAUAAUACGACCUCGUCCACAACCGCCACCCCCACUGCCACCGCUGCCGAUUCUACUACCACGACAGUGCAGACGUACGACACGACGGCGCCCGACCUGGACAUCACUGUCACGGAGUUGAAUGCACACUAAUUACGGUAAAUUCGACGGGCAAAAAUAAAACGACAAUCGUAUAAUAUUGUUCUGCAAUUUAUUUGGUUUUAUUUGCACAAAAUAACGAAAAUGCAAUCGGUAUAAUGUUAUUAUGAGCUACAGGAAAUAAUAAUCCAAAAAAAAAGCAAAAAUAUAA